AUGGAGCAGGUAAAUGAGCUAAAAGAGAAGGGCAAUAAGGCCCUGAGUGCCGGCAACAUCAACGAUGCAUUGCAAUGCUAUUCCGAAGCAAUUAAGUUAGAUCCCCACAACCACGUGCUCUACAGCAACCGCUCAGCAGCCUACGCCAAGAAAGGAGACUACCAGAAGGCCUACGAAGAUGGUUGCAAAACUGUUGACUUGAAGCCUGACUGGGGCAAGGGCUAUUCUCGAAAAGCAGCGGCUCUUGAGUUUUUGAACCGAUUUGAAGAAGCCAAGCAAACCUAUGAGGAGGGUUUAAAACAUGAAGCAAAUAACCCGCAGCUCAAAGAGGGCUUACAGAAUAUGGAGGCUCGAUUGGCAGAGAGAAAAUUCAUGAACCCUUUCAACAUGCCCAAUCUAUACCAGAAGUUGGAGGGUGACCCCAGGACAAGGGCACUGCUCAAUGAUCCUUCCUACCGGGCGCUGAUAGAGCAACUGCGGAGCAAGCCAUCCGAUCUGGGCACGAAAUUGCAAGAUCCCCGGAUCAUGACUACUCUCAGUGUCCUCCUGGGAUUUGAUCUGGGCAGUAUGGAUGAUGAGGAUGAAGUUGCUACACCUCCACCACCACCUCCUCCCAAAAAGGAGACCAAACCAGAGCCGAUGGAAGAGGAUCUUCCAGAGAACAAGAAGCAGGCCCUGAAAGAAAAGGAAUUGGGAAAUGAGGCCUACAAGAAGAAAGACUUUGACACCGCCUUGAAGCACUAUGACAGAGCCAAGGACCUGGACCCCACCAACAUGACUUACAUGACCAAUCAAGCAGCUGUGUACUUCGAAAAGGGCGACUACAGCAAAUGCCGGGAGCUUUGUGAGAAGGCCAUUGAAGUGGGCCGAGAAAACCGGGAAGACUAUCGACAGAUCGCCAGAGCUUACGCACGGAUUGGCAAUUCCUACUUCAAAGAAGAAAAAUACAAGGAUGCCAUCCAUUUCUACAACAAGUCUCUGGCAGAGCACCGAACACCAGAUGUGCUCAAGAAAUGCCAGCAGGCAGAGAAAAUCUUAAAGGAGCAAGAGCGGCUGGCCUACAUAAACCCUGACCUGGCUUUGGAGGAGAAGAACAAAGGCAAUGAAUGUUUCCAGAAAGGGGACUAUCCCCAAGCCAUGAAGCAUUAUACAGAAGCUAUCAAACGGAACCCAAAAGAUGCCAAAUUGUACAGCAAUCGAGCUGCCUGCUACACCAAACUCCUGGAGUUUCAGCUGGCACUCAAGGACUGUGAGGAAUGUAUCCAGCUGGAGCCAUCCUUCAUUAAGGGCUACACACGGAAAGCAGCCGCCCUAGAAGCAAUGAAGGACUACACAAAAGCUAUGGACGUCUACCAGAAGGCACUGGAGCUGGACUCCAACUGUAAGGAGGCAGCAGAUGGUUAUCAGCGCUGCAUGAUGGCCCAGUACAACCGACACGACAGCCCCGAAGAUGUGAAGCGACGGGCCAUGGCCGACCCUGAGGUGCAGCAGAUCAUGAGCGACCCAGCCAUGCGGCUCAUCCUGGAGCAGAUGCAGAAGGACCCUCAGGCACUUAGCGAACACUUGAAGAAUCCUGUAAUAGCACAGAAGAUCCAGAAGCUGAUGGAUGUGGGCCUGAUCGCUAUUCGGUGA